UUUGCCCAUGUUUACAGUCCUCAGAAGGUUCUCCAUCCUCUUCACCAUGCUGGCUGAGGGAUUUCUGCUGAAGAAGAAGUUCUCGUGGCCGGUGCAGAUGACAGUGUUUACAAUGAUCCUCGGGGCGUUUAUUGCAGCCAGUGCUGACUUGUCCUUUGACGCACAAGGCUACGCCUUCAUCCUGAUGAAUGACAUCAUGACUGCAGCUAACGGAGCCUAUGUGAAACAGAAAUUAGAUGCAAAGGAGCUGGGGAAAUGGGGGUUAUUAUUUUAUAAUGCCUUAUUCAUGCUGGUGCCCACGCUGCUGCUGGCUCACAUCACUGGAGAUAUUCAGAAGGCAGCAGAGUUUGAGGGCUGGUCUGAUGUGCUCUUCCUGUCCCAGUUCCUCCUGUCCUGUGUCAUGGGCUUCAUUCUGAUGUAUUCCACUGUACUGUGUACGCAGUACAACUCUGCGCUGACCACUACCAUUGUGGGCUGCAUCAAGAACGUUCUGGUCACCUACAUCGGCAUGGUGUUCGGUGGGGACUACAUUUUCUCAUGGACAAACUUUAUAGGUUUGAAUAUUAGCAUCACUGGCAGUCUGGUGUACUCCUACAUCACCCUGACAGAGGAGCAGUCCAUCAAAGCCAGUGACAACAACAAGCUGGACUUUAAGGGGAAGGUGGUUGUGUGACAGAGACCCUGUGUGUCUGUCACUGUGUGUUUCAUUGUGUGACAGAGACACUGGAUUUUAUACUUUUUUAAUGACGUCAAACAGGAAAACUCUAUUUUUACUACAACUUUACUGAUGGAAUAUUUUGGCUGCAGAUUGGAAGUAUUGUGUGUUGUGUCUGGAGAAAUGUCACCGACCUGCUGCUGCCAUGCCUACAGAACACUCCUGAAGGAUGUGACACGACUUUUAGAUUUAGUUAGUUUUAUAGACUUGUUGAAGAAAAGAACAUGAAAAAUAAUACUUACAUUGAAAGAUUUCUUGGUUUUCAGACAAAUGUAAUAUUUCAGGGUUUGAACAUUUCAAAGAUCGCUCUCAGGUUGAUCUGUUGACUGGGGGUGGGGUCACAAGUUCACCUGUUGUCUUGAGGAGAUCCAUCGUCUUGAGCUGACCUGUCACCUUGAGGUGUUCCAUUACCUCAAGGUGACCCGUCGACUCAUGUUGACCUGUUGACUUGGGACCGGUUGUCUCGAGUUGACCCGUUGUCUCGUGGUUCUGCUGUGGCAUUAGGGUCUAAAUUAAGACUAUUGUGGUCCCAGUGGUCUCUGGAGGUUGUAUCUGUUUCAAAUCCACUUAGUGACCUGAUCAAUGAUAAGUUGGCACCGGACUGCCAGUUGAGGUGGUUCAUCUGGUUAGGAUGCCUCCUGGACUCCUCCCUGGUGAGGUGUUCUGGACACGUCCCACUG